GAAGGAGAGCAGACAACACUUUGAGUGCACAGUGUAUACUUAAGAGCAGAAGAAACAGCCUGUGAAGGGACCGUAUCACUUUUUUUGACCUGCAUGAUGAUUGCAAGAACAGACGUACCAAGUAACACAGCAAGUACAAACGCAGUGGAGCUGGAUGCAGAGCAUGCACAGAGAGUCCCUGGGGCAGAACAGGGAGGGGUCCCACCCACGCAGGUCAAGCUGAAAGAGAGGCAGAAGUUCUUUGAGGAGGCCUUCCAGCAAGACAUGGAGCAGUACCUGUCUACUGGCUACCUGCAGAUCGCUGAGAGGAGAGGGCCAAUAGGAAGUAUGUCAUCCAUGGAGGUGAACGUGGACAUGUUGGAGCAGAUGGAUUUGAUGGACAUGUCUGACCACGAAGCCCUUGAUGUGUUCCUGCACUCUGGGGGAGAGGACAACAGUGCUGCCUCACCUGGCACAGGUCCAGACGUUGAGUCUUUCACCACAGAGAUCAGUCUCCAGGUUCCCACCCAGGCUGAGCUACGCCAUAAGCUUUCUUCCCUUUCGUCCACCUGCACCGACUCAGCCAGCCAGGACACAGAGGCGGGGGAGGAGGAUGAAGAAGAGGAGGAGGAGGAGACUGAGCAAGGAGGAGGAGGUGGCGUUGGAGGAUCAGGGGGAGGAGGAAGGCGAGCAAGGGCAUCUGUGGUGGUGACAGUUGAUGAAGAGGAGGUGCCCCCCGAUACAGCUUUGGUAGACCAUGAGGACCAGACCAGCAAAGACUGUGAGGAGAGCAGGCUGAAGGUUUGAGGAGAGAUGGAUUUAAACAUAUACAUAAACAAUAUUGGCUUCCUUCUCAAAUUCCUUUCAUACUGAAGAAAGAACAUAUGAAAGAAAGUAAAUAUGUUGCACUAACUGCCACAUGGCCUUGCCUUAAAAGAACAGAGUUUUCAAUUCUAAUUAAAUCCUGUAAAAUAUCUUUGAGUUCCCUUUAGCAUAAUAGCACUGAAUGGUUUAACAUGCACAUAAAUAGUUUGACAUUAAUUAGAGGAUGCUCUAAUAUUCUCUUUCGGUGUUAGUGCAUGCUGAGACCAGGAGAGGCCUGUUACUAAUAAGUGAUGGGGACAUAGAGAAGCAUACACUAAAAUCAUCCAUGUGUCUCUCUGCAGUUUUUUCACGCUCUGUGCUAACACUUGAGCAUUCACUCUGCUGACAGACUGCAGCUGAUGAGCAUUAAUGUGUGUUGAACGUUGGUGAAACCUUUGCAGGAUAAAAAUAUAUUUGUACCAAAUACUUGCCAAUUGUAAAAGGCUAUCAUCAGAUCUGUCAGGUUUAUGACAUUUUAUUUUUAAAUCACUAAAAGUAAGUCUUCUUUUUGUUUGUAUGUAUGUAUCACAUGGGGGGGGGGGUCAUCUCACUGACCUCUCGUGGUAUCUAGCCAUGGUUUUCUUUGCUCAGGUAGUGACUUUUGUGUUGAAAAAUGACAAUUAUUUUAAUGGCAACUUGUCUUUUGAGAAAUCCUUCCUGGUUAAGCUUAAAAAGUCACAUACCUCUCUGUCAACAGUUGUCACAGGAAUUUUGCUUUGAUAUCUCAAAAGCUGGGCAUAUACAUCCUAGCACAAACCUUUUAAAAAAAGCAAAUGCUAAAUUCUUAGCACAGAGCACUUGACAAAUGAUCUACAAGAGGCACAUGGAUGAAUUUUCAUGUCUUUAUAGAUAAGCUGAGGCCCAAAAGCUAGUUGUAUUUCUUUAACUAGUUUAUAAGCUAGAUUCUGCAAUAUUUUAAGCGUAAACAACCAAUUAGAAAAUACUUUUGUGCCAAACAUGACAUAAUAACUGGCAGUCAGCUGGAAGUGGGUUAUAUACUGCAAAGCUGACAGACUUGUGGAGUUCAGGUACCAGGGUAUCAAUGAUUUAACACACACAAAUACACACAUUAAGGAGAUUUACCCAUUGCCAUUCCUUUAAUCAAUACUACUUGGGUGAACUUCUCCUUUUGAACGAGGACCAAAUCCCUGUUUGGACUGUGCGCUAUGCGCUGGACGACACCCAGAAGGUUUAAAUGUAUCCAGAUUUUUUUGUACAGAAAUGUUGACAUUUGUGCAAUGUGACAGCAUUAAUCCUUCCUUUCUUUUCCCCUGCCUACAAUUUCUGACUUGUUGGUAAUAAAUGUUUCUCCCCUA